AUGUACGGCAGCAAAGUCACAUCUUGUCACAGCAUAAUAGCGGCAACGUAUCCGCCCGACUUAGGUCGGGCGCGGCAUCGUUGCUGCCAUCAAGUUGAGGAGUUGGCUGGUGGCAGCAGCCCCCUCUUCUUCCCGUCCCCCGCCGAGGGGGACGAGGAGUGUGUGUCCCUGCCCCGGGACUUAGCGUUCUGGUCCAUGUCGGACUCGGUCACGCUGGCGGACGCCGACACGGUGCGGUCGGCGAGGUCGCGGCCCGUCUCUCGGGCCAGGUCGCGGGCAUCUCGGCCCUCCUCAGCGUCGUCGACGCGCUCUACGCGCUCGACGCGCUCAAUGAUGGUGGAGGACGAGAUGUCCGGAUGCCUGGUGUCCAGCGAGGACGGACUGGCAAAAACGGCCGUGCCGAAACGGCCGCACGCGGACGGACCGGGCCCUUCCGGGACGACGGGCGGGAGUGUCAAGCCGUCCAAAAUCCCCUGCCCGUCGUCCGGGAAUGGGAUUGUCCUGGCGGUGCCCGUGGGCCGUGGCACAAAGAGUCCGGCAACGUCGCCGAAGUCCCGGCGGCAGGAAAAACGAGGGGACGACGGGAUGUUCGUCCGACCCUCGGAGGUCCCUGCGGGAAAGGGGAAGGUCCCCCCAAUGGAUGACUCGCAGCCUGUGGCCGCCUUCAGGGCGGAGGCCCAGAGAAAGCUCGGGGCUGCCCUGGACACGGUGCGCAGGUGCGGGAACCUAAAGGGGACCGACCAGAAGCGGCUGAAGGAGAGCAUCAGCUCCGUGAUGUUGAUGGCGGAGGAACUGGACGGGAGUACCGUCAUCGACAGCGAGUUCACCGCGAGCGCCGUCAAACGGCGAAUGCUGGAGGCGCAGGUGGAGGAGCUCCGUAAGGAGAACAAGGAGCUCCGAAACCAGCUCCUGGCGCUCCAAGCCGAGAUGCGGCGGCUCACGGCGAACUCGGGGUCGCAACCUCCUUCGGCCGCUUCCCAGGCGCCGCAGGGACCUGCGAGGGUAAGGGCACCUGGCCCGACCCCUGAGCUAGAUGAGGUCGGGGCCUUCAGGGCGGAAAUAAUGAGGGCCACCGGGGAGUUGAUAGAUGCCCGAAUAGGGAUCCAAAUUGAGAAGGGCAUCAGGGAGAUAAAGGCCGCCCUGGGUCUCAACUCCCCGGCGACAUCAAUCCGCCCUGAUCACCGCCCGCCGCUGCAAAGCGACGGGCAAUACGAGGUGUUGUCCCGGCUCCCCGGCGCAGGGGGACCGGGCUUCAGGGACGCUCCCCAUCUGCGGGGGGCGCGAGGCGCAGAAUUCCCGCCGCUUCAACCCGCCAACCGGCCUGCCUCUGGCAGCCAACAGCCGGGGCCGUCGGGCGCGGGGCGCGCAACCGAGGGCUGGAGCACAGUGGUACGACGGGGCGGCAAAAACCGCAACGUCCCUGAGAGGCAGACCCAGAGUACUCAGAGUACUCAGAGGACCUCUGGGGCUCCUUCUCAGGGGAAGAAGGGAAAGCCGGCCCCGCCGUCGCCAUCAAAGUUGCGUGCCCCGCGAUCGGCGGCGGUGGUGGUUACACUGUGCCCGGAGGCAGAAGCGGCGGGAGUGACCUACUCCGCCGUCCUCAAGGAGGCGAAGGAAAAAAUCAACCUCGCCUCCUUGGGGAUAGGAAGCCUGCGCUUCAAGACCGCGGCUACUGGGGCCCGGAUCCUGGAGAUCCCAGGGUCCCAGAUGGGAGAUCAGGCCGACGCGCUCGCGUCGAAGUUCCGGGACGUGUUCCCGGACGGUACGGUCCGUAUCGCCAGGCCCACCAAGACCGCGGAGAUGAGGGUCAUGGGCCUGGAUGACGAAUUUUAG